GGGGGUGGCGGCAGAUCCCGUAAGUCGAGCGGCCGCGUAGUAGCUGCUGCCUCCGCCGCCGCAGCCACAUUCAACAGGCAGCAGCGCCGUGGUCGCGCUGCGGAGAGCGAGCGGCCCGCGGCGUCCGUCCGUCCUCCGGCCCGCGGGCCCUGUCAUCAGGAGCGCGGCGCCGGUGCCGCCCGCGCCCGGCGACCCCGGCCUGCCGUCCCGUCGGUGCAGCGGACCCAGAGGACUCUAGAUGUUGAUGGACUCGCGAAGUUAAGUUCUGGGCUCGCGCCUCCACUUCGUCGCUUCUUCCUCCGGGUUUCCGUCCUCUUGCGGCGGCACCGACCUCGCUCCCAAUCUCGGACCAGCUCUUCGCGGCUCCCCCUUCCUUUGGCUGCCGGUGCUGCGCGCUACCCCUUCUCGGCUCUCCCGCGGCUGGGGGAGGGGCGGGGGUCACCAUGGCCGAAGCGCCCCAGGUGGUGGAGAUUGACCCGGACUUCGAGCCGCUGCCGCGGCCGCGUUCGUGCACCUGGCCGCUGCCCAGGCCGGAGUUUAGCCAGUCCAACUCGGCCACCUCCAGCCCGGCGCCGUCGGGUGGCGCGGCCGCGAACCCCGAUGCCGCCGCGGGCCUGCCCUCGGCGGCCGCUGUCAACGCGGACUUCAUGAGCAACUUGAGCCUGCUGGAGGAGAGCGGGGACUUCCAGCAGGCGCCCGGCUCCGUGGCGGCGGCCGCGGCGGCGGCGGCGGUGGCGGCGGCGGCAGCCGCAGCAGCGGCCGCCACUGGGGGGCUGUGCGGGGACUUCCAGGGCCCGGAGGCGAGCUGCCUGCACCAGGCGCCGCCGCAGCCCCCGCCGCCCGGGCCGCUGUCUCAGCACCCGCCGGUGCCCCCUGCCGCUGCCGGGCCGCUGGCUGGGCAGCCGCGCAAGAGCAGCUCGUCCCGCCGUAACGCGUGGGGCAACCUGUCCUACGCCGACCUCAUCACCAAGGCCAUCGAGAGCUCGGCGGAGAAGCGACUCACGCUGUCGCAGAUUUACGAGUGGAUGGUCAAGAGUGUGCCCUACUUCAAGGAUAAGGGUGACAGCAACAGCUCGGCGGGCUGGAAGAACUCCAUCCGCCACAACCUGUCGCUGCACAGCAAGUUCAUCCGCGUGCAGAACGAGGGCACCGGGAAGAGCUCGUGGUGGAUGCUGAACCCCGAGGGGGGCAAGAGCGGCAAGUCCCCCCGCAGGCGGGCGGCCUCCAUGGACAACAACAGCAAGUUCUCCAAGAGCCGCGGCCGGGCGGCCAAGAAGAAGGCCUCCCUGCAGCCCGGCGCGGAGGGCGCGGGGGACAGCCCCGGCUCGCAGUUCUCCAAGUGGCCCGCCAGCCCCGGCUCGCACAGCAACGACGACUUCGACACCUGGAGCACCUUCCGCCCGCGGACCAGCUCCAACGCCAGCACCGUCAGCGGGAGGCUGUCCCCCAUCAUGACGGAGCAGGACGACCUGGGGGAGGGGGACCUGCACCCGAUGGGCUACCCGCCGUCCGCCGCCAAGAUGGCCUCCACGCUGCCCAGCCUGUCGGAGAUCGGCAGCCCCGAGAACAUGGAGAACCUCCUGGACAACCUGAACCUCCUCUCGCCGCCCACGUCGCUGACCGCCUCCACGCAGUCCCCCCCCGGCGGCCUGAUGCAGCAGGCGCCCUGCUACACGUUCGCCCCGCCCAGCACCAGCCUGAGCUCGCCGAGCCCCAACUACCAGAAGUACACCUACGGCCAGGCCGGCAUGAGCCCCUUGCCGCCGAUGGCGAUGCAGGCGCUGCCGGACAGCAAGGCGGCCUACGGCGGGAUCGGCCAGUACAACUGUGCGCCGGGGCUCCUGAAGGAGCUGCUCACGUCCGACUCCCCUCCCCAUAACGACAUGAUGGCGCCGGUCGAUGGCGGGGUGGCCCAGCCCAGCAGCCGGGUCCUCGGCCAGAACGUGCUCAUGGGCCCUAACUCGGUCAUGCCAGCCUAUGGCGGCCAGGCGUCUCACACCAAAAUGAUGAACCCCGGCUCCCACAGCCACCCCGGACACGCCCAGCCGGCGUCCGUGGUCAAUGGGCGCGCCCUGCCGCACGCGGUGAACGCCAUGCCCCACGGCUCGGGCAUGAACCGCCUGGCCCCGGCGAAGGCCGCCUUGCAAGUGCCUCUGCCCCACGCCGUGCAGAUGAGCGCCCUCGGGGGCUACUCCGCGGGCGGCAGCUGCAACGGCUACGGCAGGGCGGGCCUCCUGCACCAGGAGAAGCUCCCGAGCGACCUGGACGGCAUGUUCGUCGAGCGCUUGGACUGCGACAUGGAGUCCAUCAUCCGUAACGACCUCAUGGACGGGGACACGCUGGACUUCAACUUCGACAGCGUGCUGCCCAGCCAGAGCUUCCCGCACGGCGUCAAGACCACGACGCACAGCUGGGUGUCCGGUUAGGAGCGGGUCGGCGGGCAGACUUGGCAGCGAAGACACUUUCCUGUGCGGGAUGUUUGCCCCGUGCUCGCAGGGGCGGGCCGCCACGGACAGGGACCUCCGGAGGCCCCGUCACGAUCAAGUGCCAAACUCGCCACGCUGCGGACCUGCAGGGUGGACCUGCGGGCCCCGGCGCGCUCUCAAGUCUUGUACAUACGCAGUAGCCGCAGAACUGUCUCUGUGUGUGUAUUGUUUUUUAAGUAGCCGUUUGGUCCAAGGAAAGCGUAUACUCUUUUUUUUUUGUACUACUGUGAUGGUCUCACGUCCUUAAUAAGUUAAAAACUUCUGUUUGCCCCCCCCCCCCCCGUGUUCUGCCGGACUGACGGACCCCCAAGAACCAGGCCCUCCGCCCAGCACCUGCGGGCGCAGCCUGGGACCCGCUCCCGCUGCUGCGUCCCUCACGCGAGGACCCACACCCCGCCGGCAGCCUGCUGCGUGCGCGGACUUGUCAGACUCUUUGGGAAAAAAAAAUAGAGUAAAUGCCAGCCUUGUACAGGUCUUUUCUAUUUUUUUUUGUCUGUUUAUUUUGUUAUUUGCAAAUUUGUACAAACAUACGAAUGGUUCUAAUUUCCAGAUUUUUGAUGUUACUGUUGGGACUUGAUCAUUUUUGGAAUAGAUGCUGAACUGUAAUGUUUUCUUAAAACUAGAGUCUACUUUGUUAUAAUAUACUGCUUGUAAAUUUACAGACUCCCAGAUAUCUGAGACAGCAUCCGUAAUUUUCAUUUUGUAUUCUAACUGGAUUAGUACUAAUUUUGUACGUGCUCAACUGGUUUGUACACUUGGGGAUGCUGCCUGGUGAUGUUUGUGACUAAUCUUAAAAUCACUGUAAUUAGUACUUGCCUACUCAAUGCUUCUGGCCCUGGUUUUGGCAGAAGAGGGAUGUAUGUAUAGUUAAGGACAUUUUUUUUGUGUUUCCAGUUGAGGAGAACUCGGUAUGUUUCUAUGUACGUGUUCUAAAGAAAUCACAUCUGCCGUUCCUCCGUGAGCUCAGCGCACCACACAGCGUUGCGUCCUCGUCCUUGCAGCAACUCCCGGGAGGCCUCGUAGUGUCUGUCGUGCGGGAAGGGAGAGACCCGCACCCGAAACAGGACCCCUUUCUCAGACUGGGCUCUCCCUCGGCGACCGCUCUGAGCUGAGCUCCACCGGAAGUUUCCCCUCACAGUGCUUGCUGCGUUCUUACUCCGGUCCGGGUAGAGUGGGUCUUCGUAGCCUGGCCUUGAAGGCUUCCGUCAGCCCCCUCACCUCAUCCCUCUGUCCUUCUGUCCUUCCGCCCUGCAGAUCGCGGAGCACACUGUGGAGAGUCCAUCAGAGGGGGGGGUGGCUUAGAGACGGGACUUGGGCGACGAGCGGGCUGCUCUGUGUUCGUUGUGCAGUGUGGACGCUGCCCCGUGGGAAGGAGCUCGCUGAAAACCCGGGGCAGUCCAUCUGAACAUCAGCCAGCCAGCUCUGGGUUGUACAUUUGAGUUCUUAAAAGCCUUUGUGUACGUUAAGAGUUUCUGUAGCCUCUUAGCAACCUCAACUAUGAUCCUGAUCAUUACGUUGUCAUAUUCUCCGUUCACCUGUAACUGACAGACCAGGUUCGUUGGCCUCGAGGCCCGCUGGCAGCCAGCUUCGCUGGUGUUCUCUGGUCCCGUGGACGCCCCGAGUCACAGCACCAGGAAAGGAGCAGCUGAACAGAAAGAAGCGUUCCCCUCGCCAGACUGACAGGGCUCUGAUCUGAGUUCUGUGUGCCUAGCCCCAGCCGCAUUUGCUCUGUCUCAUCUGCGAAUGGCAUCUCCGUUGGCUUAGUUUUCUCUCAUACAUGUGUAACAGGAGCAGAAGUGUCCUUGGUGGAUUUCCUCCAGGGGGCCGGCCCUGGGGUAAGCGUCCCGCGGUCACUUCUGUGGUGGCGAAGGGUUGUCAGACAACCCUCUGUGUCGCUGGCCGCUCCGACACACACCUGGUCAUAGAGAUGCUGUCCCCUCAGUGGUGCCUCCCGCCCGUGGGACGGACCUCGUGGGUGCCAACUACUGGGUUUCUGUUACCACCGCCGCCCCGGGACACCCCCCGCCCCCGCCCUCACACAUGAGCCUCGGAGACGACCACCGCCAGCAUCACCAUCUGAAGGUCUUUCUUCCUCCUCAGUCCCUGUAAAUAUCUUCUUUUCCUUCAGGUGUUUCUUUCUCGUGGUGAAAUCCUGACAUGAACCCCGGGUAGCUAGCUCUCCGGGGCACAGCGAACUCCGGGGGAAGGCCCCUUGUCUAGUUUGAAAGCAUCAUGUGACCUCUGAUUGCUUUUUCUGUGCGAAGACCGACCGACCCGGAGCGAGCAGACGACCGGUUUUACUGUACCCGACGGCUCUGUGAGAUGCGCAGGCGAUGCCACCUAUGCAGCCUUGUUUGGUUUCUUUCCCCCGGUUUGUACUGUUACUGAAAGCAUAUUGUAUCAUAGA